CCACAUGUCGACCGCCGCCGGCCAUCAGCUUAGGGCCGGUCAGUGUCCGCGUAUUAAACCGAAAGCCAAUUUCGAUAUCAAUAAGUUUUUGGGCAAUUGGUUUGUAGUUUAUAAGGACGGAUCAGAGUCCGAUUGUAUCCGUCAAAAUGUGACCACCGAUGGCCAGAAUCGGUACUAUUUGACCGAAAUCAGGGAACCGAUGGCUAGGGGUGUCUUCAUUACAAACAAAUACGAGAUUCAAUCCAAUAGUAAAAUAAAAUCCGAGCUAUCAUUGGGUCUACUCUAUGGGCCCAAACAGCCGCUAUCGGUACUGAUGACCGACUACGACAACUAUGCCGUCACCUAUACGUGUACGCGCCGUACGUUCGGGCAUCGGCAACAAUUGACCGUUAUGUCGCGUACAGCCAGUCAGCUACCGGAGCUAUACAUGAACAAAAUCUACCGAUACAUCUAUCGAUUAGGACUACUGGCCGGCGGCCGGUCAUCGGUUCAAUUGCAAAACAUCAACCAACAGGACUGUCAGCAGCCGGAGAUCAACGAAAACGGUUAUCCAAUCAAUAAGCCCUGGUAUUAUCAUUUGCACAAUCAAUAUAGCAGUGGUGGUAAUGGUGCUGAUGGUGUGGGUGCUGCUGACCAUCAUAUUGUCGACAAUGAAAUUGACGAUCCGUUUGAUGAUAAAUAUUGGUGAACACACCCAUCACCCUAACCACCCAUCCAUCGUCUAAUACUUGUAUAUAUAUAUAUCUGUAUCUAUCUAUCUAUUUAUAUAACUUAUAUACAACAACA